AUGCGCCACUUCGACACCUGGGUCCUCCGUGACCCUUAUUCUAUCUGGCACUAUUAUCCAACUGGCCAUCGCUGGCGCGACACCGUCCGUGAUUUAAUCCAAUCGCGUGCAAUCUGCUCCCCAGAGAACACCCUCCAUCCUAUAGACUGGAAUUUAAACCUCCAAUUCCAAUUCCAACCUCAAUCCCCCCUCCUCCGCCUUCCCCCCGAACUCCGCCAAAUAAUCUGGUCCUAUGUCCUCACCAACUCUUCCACAAACACCCAAACCCCCCAAACCAUCCAUUUAGUCCAACUAAAAGGCAAAAUCCGCCAUGUCCGCUGUCCAAUACCUCAGCAAAACCACCCAAACCACCCAAAUCCCUCCCUAACCCAAAACCGCCACUGCUGCCCCACAACCCCAGCCCGCUGGCGCAUCUACGACGGCCGCGUCCCAGGCCACAGCGACAGACUCCUCUACCCCCACACCCACUCCCACCUCCCUUCAACCCUAAGCAACAGCAACAGCGCCCUCCUCCGCGUCUGUCGCGCCAUCUACUUCGAAGCAGAGACAAUCCUGUACAAAGCCUCGCACUUUGACGUUGAUGAUCUAUACACCUUUAUCGCAUUCGCGACGUCGCUGUCGCCUGCUGCGCGGAAUGCCAUCUCCCGAUUGACGGUCCAAUGGAUGCCGAUCUGGGUGCCCAUGGCUGGGUUGGAUCAUAAGGGGUCGAUUUAUGCACAUACGCAUAGUGAUGAGUUGUGGGUGCGGUUUUGGGAUAUUGUGGCUUCCUUGGAGGGAUUACGGGGUUUGGCAUUGAGUUUGGAUUUGGGGAGGUUUACUAGUGUCGUUGGGAAUACCGGCGAGGCAGUGGUUUCGGGUCAGAGGAUUCCGUUUGGGAUUAAGGAGGAGUGGGUGAGGCCGAUUCUUGGGGUUAGGGGUUUGGAGGGGUUUGAUUUGGCUGUUACGGCGAGGUGUGAUCUUCUUGCUAAAGGGGUUGUUGAGGGGGAGUUGGUUAGGGAUGUUGGGCUUUUGAGGGAGGCGUUGAGGGGGAUAUUGUGUAGGCCGAGGGAGGGGAGGAAGAAAGGGAUGGAGAGGAAGGGGGUUAGAUUGGCUAUUACUGCUGCUUGA